AGGGCGCUUCUACGCUUGUUGUGCGGUCGUUCGACAAGUAAAAUGGCGGCGAAUAAUGUGAAAGGCGAAACGUUGUCUUAUUUCUGGUUGUAAAUAAAGUAAUCGAUACUGUGAGACGCUGUUAACAUUGCUAAAAGGAACAAACUUAAGUUUAAAAGUGUUAAAUGUAUAGUGGACUCUUGUGUAUUACUGAAGGGGCUUCAGAAAUAACUUCAGAACCCGUCGUUACGAGCACUUCACUCGAGGCCAUAUUUAUGAUGUUAUCUAGCGUGUGAGCGUCUGCUGGAACCACAUUGAUAAAUGGAUAUUGGAAACUGAUGGCGAUGGAUUGCCAGGUGCAUAUUAUGAUGAAUUGAUUGAAGAGGAAUGAUAUUCAGUGAAUUAACAAGUGCAAAAAGACUUCUAUGUGCAUAAACAAAACUAUGGAUGAAAGUGUGGACUCAUUAUACUGACAGAAUUAAAUUUGCACAAAAUAAGAGAUCACGGAGGUGGUAAUGGAUCCAGUAGGACCAUGGUCAGCAUAUGCCUCUUACAAUCGCUUAGCUGGGGUUCAGGCAGGUGCUGCGAGUGGGGACUUUCAUCACCACCUGGCUAGUGGAGGCUCUGGCUUGGGAGGGCAAUCCGUCCCAUCCACCACUAGUCAACUACUGCUGCAGGCGGCCCACACAACAGCAUCACUCGCUGGACAACUGGGAUCAUCAACUGCAUCACCGUUUAAUCCUGGAGGAUUUCUGUCCCCCCCAACUGUUGGCUACGACGCAGUAUUCUCGCCUCUGUUUCAUCAUGCGAACCCUAAACCUGCACACUACAGUUCAUCACUUCAAGCCCAGCAUCGGCAAGUGAUAGCUCAAGCUCAGGCAGCUGUUGCAUCUAAACAAUCCUCUGUAGAAUCAGAGUUGUCAUCAAUAAGAGAAAACUACCCUCAUCAAGCACUAGCUUCACAAGGGACCUCGUUUUUUGACCAGCCAUCACCAGGCAGUGCAGGCGGGCUCAGUUGGCAAGGAAAUAACCAGCUUCCCAGUCCUUUUGGAAUCUUACCACAUGAAACUGUAGUUCCAUCUUCACCAAGUCCUGCAACUACUAAAGCAUCAGCAGCCUAUGAAAACUUCAAUGCUCAUUUUGCGGCUGCCCAAACUCUAAAUAAUCACCUAAACUCACAGAUUUCCAGUGCUAGCAAACAGGGAAAUAGGUCUGGUUCACCGGCCACCGCACCCAAGCAGCCAGCAUCUUCGGCAUCUUCAACGUUUUUCCAAUCUCCAUCAUCUUUUGGCAAUCAGACUGAUAAUUCAUACAGUGCAAGCAGUGCAAAGAGUGGUCAACUUUCAUCACAGCAGGACUAUGCUGGAAGUAAGUCAUACUCAAGUUCUGGAAGUACCAGUGCUCAUUCUCAACAAUCUUGUAUAGUACCAACUCCUCCUGUGACCUCGUCCCCGACUCCUCCCAGUAACCGCUCCUCCUCCAGCUCCUCCCGCCCCGCCUCUGUCUACAGCACCCAGUCUCCUAAACCUAUCCAGCCAGUUGCAGAGAAAGCUACCCGACAGAAUACUAGCAGCUUUGUAUCCCCAACUUCUAAACCCCCCCAAGUACAGACUAAAGCACAAAGUAAAAUAUAUCCCGAAUUAACAGCAGAGCAAAGAAAAUCUUGCGAUUCUAACGAAAAAAUACAACCCCAAUCUUCACCCAUAAGUUAUUCAAUAAUGGAUGCGCCCGGUCGUCUGCAUUACAGCGGCACUGGGGGAUCCUCCAAGUCUAGGAUUAGUGCUAAUCAAUACUCAGGUUCUGGUUUCAGACAUUACCAAAGUGGAAAUAAUGUUGAAUCAGAUUACCAUGCCCGAGCUAAGAGUAGUUCUAGUACGGAUACUGGCUACUCCAGUAGUAGUUCGUUAAAUGGCCCAGACUGUAAUGCGGCCAGGAGACAAAGCCCUUCCCAAGCCACUGCUCAGACAUCUCCCUUGGGACAUGUCUCGAGUCCAGCAUACCCCGUGUACCAUAGCCCCAUGAACUCUAUAAACUCACCCCAACAACAUGCAGAGCACUCAAGUCAAGUCGCAUACCCUAAAGCUAGCAGUGCCGCUCCGAGGUCUCCCCUAGACGUUUCAGUAUCCCGCCCUCCCUCUCAGAACAGCCAAGUUGCCUAUCCCUCCGUUAUAACGAGAGCUUUAGGCAUAGAACAAAACAAAAGUUACAGUGAUAGUCGAUAUGAACGAAAUCAGACACAGUCUUCCAGUCAGAGCUGUUGGGAAAGUGACCGACAAGCUCCUAGAAAGUAUUCUAGUAAUAGUACCAGUAAUUACAGUAACAUAUCUGAAUCUAAUACUCAAAAUGAAUCAAGUUCACAAUCCUCUACUCAGAGGUCAUCAUUGCCUUUGCCUGAUAAGCAGCAAAAUUAUUUUGAUAGCAAUAACGUAGCCUUACAUGAUUUAUCUAGUUGUCGCGGUGAUCCUAUGAGUAUUGUUAAGAAUUUGCAAAGUUUACAGCAAAGCUGUCAACUACAAGAUUCUAAGUCUGCCAAGUCCCAAUCACUCUCAUCAUCAUCAUCUACUAUAACUCCUGCUAAACCCGCUCCAAGGAGAAAGAGCAUAGAAAAACCGGCUCCGCACUCCAAUUUAAAUGAUUUGUCAAAUGCUGUGGUGGCGGACUACCUCGCGAGCCGUAUCCCGCCGCCCGCGCACAGCUCCACCACCAGCCAGCAACAGAACGGAACUUACUUUGACUUCGAGCGGUGGAACCUUCCCCCUCCUCCACCGAAAAUGUUCCCCGGUACUUCCGCUUUCGGCUCCCAAGCUCCGUUACAUGCUGGCAACUUUGCGAACCAACACCAAGCCUUAGCCAUGCCUCACGGCCACCUAACAUAUUUCCCACCAUUCCAUUUAGCCCCACAUCCCGACUUUCAAUCCUCUGUGGAGUUAACGCCCCUGUCUUCAUUUAGUGAGACUCCACCUUCGGCUUCCUCGUCAUCUUUUUCAACACCCGAAACUCGUGAAGAGGAGCAGCCUAAGGUGGUAGUGCCUAAUAUAGAGGAAGAACUUGGUUUCCUUGCAGAACAACGCGGAAAUGCGUCGUCGGUAGCACCCACUUCACAGCAGCAGAACAUAAACAAUACUUCACAAGACGCCUCUACAAAAAUCAUGGAAAAAAAAUUUAAUGUACCCACCACGGGCCCCGGUGCAGGGUUCAUGGCUUCUUACCUGAAAUUCUUACAAGGAGAGCGAGACACGUCGCCUCCGCCGGCCGGCCGAGGCGCGAGAAAGUCCACGUGGUCGCGGACUACGAAUAACACUAACAAUAAGGCCUACAAUCAAAACGAGCACAAUAAAGGGCCGUGCGACGCGGGCGCCGGCCAGCAAAACGCCAACGGCGCGAUGGCGGCGGGCAUGAGCGGCGGCAUGGCGCACCCCGCCAUGGGCGCGGGGCUGCUGGGCGCCGGCCCGCUGCACGCCGCCGCCUCCUCCAACCUGCUCGCCUCCCAGCCGAAGGGCCUAGAGAUGGAGGACCCCAGAUAUUACAAUCCGAACAAGGACAGAAAGCGUAAAUAUGACGGCACGGAGGAGAGCUACGAGGAGGAGGAGGCGCGGCGCCUGAACAAGCCGGUGCUGAACGUGCCGGCCGCGCCGCUCGGCGACAAGGGCAAGAAGGGCGGGCGCGCGCCCAGCAAGCCGCCGCCCGCCCCCGCGGCGCCCGGCAAGAAGCCGCGCCCGCCGCCGCCCGCGCCCGCGCCGCACCCGCAGCAGCAGUACUAUUACCAACACCAGCCCGAGGAAGUGGCAUCACAUGCGAACUUGGGCUAUGGAAACUAUGCGGCACCGGAGAACGAUAGAAAGUUACAUCAGAUAAAGCAUCAACCGGCUUCUGUCCAACACGAUGCCAACCGACCUAUAGAAGAAAUGCCAUAUCAGUCGGGAGAAUUUGUAGCAAUAAAAAGCGAAUUGAGUGAAAUGUGGCCUGCAAUAUGGAGAGUGGACGGGAAAACGUUACUGCAGAAAUAUGAACCUUUUGAAGAAAAUGGAAAGGUGCUAUACAGAAAUAUCUCAACUUACGCGGCAUGGAAUCCAGACAAUAAGAAACUAUAUACCCAAGUACACGUAAAAGUGCGGUCACAAACACAUUUGGAGAACAUAGUAGAAUUAAUAAGAAGUGAUAGUUCCGGCGAUGAUUGUAAUUUCAUAGAAAAACGCAUGUUGGAGACGCAGAUGUACCAAGAGAACUUCGAAGUGUACAUACAGACUCUAAUAUCGCACGCGUUAGAUCCCAAUUUCCUGACUGAAAUAUUUCAAGAACAAGACGAAUACUUCCUAUCAAACGUCAAAACAGUCGACGAGGUGACAGAAACAAUGCGAGCGCGAGUGUCGUUCGCGGCGGGCGGCGGCGGUGGCAGCGGCGCGCGGUCACUAGACGCCGCCGUCGCCACGUGGCCCGGCCUCAGCGUAGCAGGCACUACUGACGGGGCGUGCAGAGCGUGCGCGCGGCCUGCGGUAGCGAGGCUUUUGUUGUACGGACAGCCUUAUAACCCGGGCACGUUGGAGCCGACCCAGCCGGAUGCGAGACUCGCUUAUGAGAAGGAGUUUCUAGUAUGCGCCACGUGCUGCGGCCGCGUGCAGCUGUUCUCCCGCAUCUCGCACCAGAAGUACCUCAUGUACGCCGAGUGCGGCAAGAGAGUCGCCGAGAAACGCAUGCAGAGUCCCGGCAAGGACACCACGGUCAUACUGAACGAGCUGUUGGCGGACGAGCUGUGGCUCUCUCAGCUCUUCCGUGACGUGCGGCACUCGUGGGCGGAGGCGGAGUCCUGGGAGCGCAAGAUGCGGCUCGCCAUGUCCCGACAGAUGAUAUAACAUAGUGCCGUGCACAGCACCAACCAAUGAGGACUUUGCAUCUGUGACAUACGUGUGCUGUAUCUAUGUAUUUUAUAACAUAUACUAUCUUAGCCUCUAGUAAACUGAUUUUUACAAAACGGGACGGAACCUGUUCCCUUUUACAUUUUUUUAUACUCGAACAUCACGCGUAACUAGUUUUUAUUAUUGUAUAAUACUAAUUUAAAUAUUUUAUUUUAACGACAUUGUGAUUUGCCGCGAAUAGGAUAGUUCGGUUAGUUAGGAGGCAGUCUUUGUGCCAUUAUACACGCAAGUUUAACUGAAAAUAGUUGCUUAGACGUUAAUAACCAUUUAUAAAUACGUAAACAGUUGCAGAGUAUUAAUGUUGAAUCCAAAUUAUUUUAAGCAUAUUGGCGAACAUUCCAGUGGCAUACAUAGCUCAACCGGCUCUACAUUAUCUGUACAAAGUGUACUUAUAUAAAAGUAAUUGAAUCGUAUUUACCCGUAUCGUUAACUUGUUAUCCACAGAAACCAAAUUGCCACAAAUAUAAAAUCUCAGUUAGCCAAUUGAUUAGGAGUGUUGUGAACUGCCUGCCUAGGGAAUAAAUGUUUAAUAUGUAGAAUGUGGCGUCCGUAUCUAGAUCUCCAUGAAAGUUAGUCGGUGCAUUUCGGCAGUCCCAGAGAGAGAAGCAUUCCAUGCUUGAUGGUGCAGGUUUGACAAACGUUACAUUCCUAAGUUGCCUUGAUGGUUGAAACGAACAUGCAAUAAUUAUUCACAUGCUGUGUAUAAGAAUAAUAUUGUUAAUAACUAUCUGCCCCGUAUAUAAUGAACAAAAAUAAAUAUAAAAUGUAAUUGACUUUCCUAAAAGUACAGUGAAAGAUAUUUUGUAUAAUUGUAUUAGGUUGUAUAGAUAUUACGACUUUGAUGUAGUAUUAUUAUAGUAGUAAUGUAAAAAUAGUAAGGUUCUGUCUGAUAUUGAUAAUUAAAGAGAACUUUAUUUAUUUUGCUUAGACUGGACUGGACAGAUCUGGAGGACUUUAAAUAAUUAAUAUUUACUUUAAGUCAAUCCUAAGGCAAUUUUAAGGAAUAAAAACUUUCAUUACAA